AGGUUGAUAGUUUGACACUUUCAAUAUUGUGGUUAGUUUUGAGGUUAUGUAAAAACCUAAAACUUCAGAUAAAUAAUGUAUUAAGUACUAUAAUAAUUAAUGUAAAGUGAUUACCAAAUUGAAACCAUGGCGUUCGCAUCGCUACGCUUCAAUUUCCUGCAAAAAAUGGUGCAGUCCGUCAACUACACGACUCUACUGAAGAGGCCCAUGGCAUAUAAAAGUGCAAUUUCUCUGGAAACUUUGUAUCCGAAUAGUUCCUUAAAGCUUUCAACCCCAGCUUUUAAAGCCGCCGACCCAAAUGAGAAGUUCUCAGGGUACAUACCUAUUGAAAAACUAGAAAUUAAGUACAGUGCUAGCUCUGGACCCGGAGGCCAGAACGUCAAUAAGGUGCACACCAAGGUUGACUUGAGGUUUAAGCCCAGCGAAGCAGACUGGCUACAUCCAGACAUAAAAUCAAAACUUAUAGAAUUGCAAGGCAACAAAUUAUCAAAGGAUGGCUACUUGAUCAUCCGAUCAGACUCUACUCGCUCGCAGCAGUUGAACCUCGCGGACUGCAUGCAGAAACUGAGGAACAUGAUCCGUGAUGCCGCCGUCACCAAGAGGGAACCUUCUCCCGAGACAGUUGAGAAGAUUAGACAAAGACAUCUAAAAGCAGCCCGCAUGCGUGUAGCAGUCAAGCGCGAGGAUGCCCUGAGGCGCGAGAUGAAGAGACCGCCCACUAUAGACUUAUGAUUUUUCUAUUAAAUUGGGCAUGUAUGGCUUGAAUGUGCGCUGACAUCUGAGGAAAUAUUAAAAUUGUAUUAGAAAUAGGUUUGUUCAUUUGUGGACGUCAUUUUCAUCAUGAAUUACAAUUGCUGACUCUUCCAUUGCAAGUCAAGUAAAAAGGACACAGUUGCUUCUGAAAACUACAGUGAAAAUGAGGUCUACAUAUGAAUGCUCCUCAGAUGCUCAGCUAAGCCGUAAAGUUUGACUGUUUUUAUAGUUGUGCAUGGAUUAUAUUAUAAACAUAGUUGUUAGUUA